AUGCCGGUGCUUGACUGCUCCCCUGUUAUUGAAAAGUUGAAGGAAUAUAGGGCGUGCCCUUCCCCACCAGGGAUGGCAUGGGCCCAUAUUAGUUGGCACGACCCGAAAGCUGUAGCAGAUAAAAUUACAACCCUUAUGAAGGAACAAAAGGCGCGACCAGGAAAAGGGAAAGCCACGGUGUGUGCUGUGUUGGGAGCAGCACUAGUGGCAGGCCAGAAGGAGAGGCACCUGGUUAAACAAACUAAUGAUGAAAUGGUUAAAUCUUUGCAGGAACAAAUAAAAACACUGCAGAGCCAACUAACCGCCGAACGUAAUACCACUCAGCGACUCCACACGGCUCUGUCAGAUGCGUUGUACCGAGAAAGAAUUUUACGGUCCGAAUUAGAGGAAGGGGGGCAAGAAUCUCUGGAUCGGACAGAUCUUAAUUCUGUUCUGGAUAGUGUGCCGGUAUUUAUGAGCUUGGCACAGUUGGCCAAAAAUCAGGGCCUAAGACCCUUGUACUCAACGAAGGAGCUAGAAAUUGACCGAGAAAUGUUUUACCCCGAGAAUGAGGAAGUGGUGAUGAGGCCAGUGAUUAAGACAGAGACCGCCGAUAAUGGCCAAGGUGCGGGAGCCCCGCAAAUUACUAUCUGGACGGUGCCGUACUCGGCGGCCGAAAUGUCGAAAAUCCAGGAAAAAUAUACCAGGUUAGCUCAAGAAACUGAGACAGAAUAUGUAUGGAGAGUAUCACUGACCGGUGGUGAUCGAGUUCUGCUGUCGGAAGAGGAGGCCCAGGGGUACUGGGGGCCGGGGGUUUUCCUAACUACUGAUGACCCAAGAGAGCCGUGGUCGUUAACUCAACGAACUGCUUAUUGGGCAGGGCCCCACCAUGUUUCUGUGAUGGCAAAUCCAGUAUGCAUCGAAACCCCAACCAUAAACCAUUUGAUCGAGAAUUUGCAGAAGGCUGCUUUUCUUCAAUUAAUGCGUGAUAGGGGUUUAGUCCCUCAACAGCCUUCCCCAAUGUUAUUAAUCGCUAACCCCGAUAGAAUGACUCCCCUGAUCCGGGGUUUGCCUGAUUCUUUGAAACUAUAUGCAGUACAACUACAAGACCGUUUGUGGGACGCAUUAGCCCCACGAGGAGGGAGACGGGCAUGA